CGAUUUCUGCGAAUUACUCUAUUGUUUCUAUACGUGCAAAAACUACAUCGUAUAAAAUGUCCGGAAUUUGUAAAGCUCGUCUCACUGAAGAACGUCGGCAGUGGAGAAAAGAUCAUCCAUACGGAUUUUAUGCACGUCCCGUAAAGACUGAAAACGGAUUAGAUUUAUUGAAUUGGCAAGUGGGAAUUCCGGGAAAAAAAGGG